AUGAGCCCCAGCAUCAGUUUAUCAACUCUACACUCCCCCGCCGCAUCCCACCACGACCCAUCCAAAGCCCUCCCACACCUAUCCUCCAUCAUGGGCUUUAUUACGUCUAUGGCUCGCUGUAUGAGAGAGAACAGACUCUCCUACAGACUAUCGAAUGCGAAACCACAACGUCUCGACGAUGAUGCGAACGACUUGAUCGAAACUACUUCCCAUCCCACCUCCCCUGCCCCCGCGGAAAGUAUUGCCUCUUCGUCUACCAUGGUCCAGCAUACAUCUCAAGAACCUGUGGUGCCGACAGAGUCACCCGCCCAUCGGAAGCAAUUCGCUCCCAUGGACUGGAACAUUCAUACCCUGUUCGACGAAGUCGAUACGUUAGAUCCGGCGACCAGUCGAGCGAUCCGGGCCUUGUCGAUGCCUGAAUACCCGGUUCUGAAGCUGGACACCGUUCAGUCGCCGUUCGAUACACCGACAAAGACGUUGGCCGACGCAAUUGACCCAGAAGAGAAGAGUCCCACACAGAAGCGUGGGGGAGGGAAGUCGGACAUGUUCAAGAAGCCCCGGAAGAGUGGCCGUGGAAGGAACAGGAAGCAUAUGAAUACAGAAGAACCGGGGAGUGGAACAGGAUCAAAGAUCCGACGGUCGAUGACCGGGUUACUGAAGGGACGCUUGAUGAAGGUUCCGCGGACCCCGACAUCACUCAAGACAUUGCGCAAUCCGAACUCCCCAAAGUGGAUUGAUGCUUCGAGCGUUGCAGAGGAAGACUUUUUAGAUGAGACGGAUGAGGAGAAAUGGCUGGAAGUGAAUGCGCUGCGGCGAUUUCAGAAGAGGAAAAGUGGCUUCUGGACCGGAGAGGGAAUGAGACGGCUGUGGUGA